AUGCCUCCGCCCAAGUCCAAGGGCGGCAAAAUGCUCGGCCUCAUCAACUGGAGGCUGAAAGUGACGAUCAACGACGGGCGCGCGUUCGUCGGCCAGAUGCUCGCCUUCGACCGACACAUGAACCUCGUGCUCGCCGAGUGCGAAGAGUUCCGGCGCGUGCGGCCGAAGAAGAAGGCUGGCGAGACGGAGGCGGGUCCGAUGCAGGAGAUGAAGCGCACCCUCGGCCUCGUCAUCCUCCGCGGCGAGACGGUGGUCAGUUUGAGCGUCGAGGGCCCGCCGCCUGCGGGCGACGACGACAAGAAAAACGCGAUGCCGCUCGGGCCUGGAAGGGGUGCGCCCGCGGGCCGUGGGAUGGGCAUGAUGCCGCCAGGCGGCCCCGGCGGGAUUGCAAGACCUCCCAUGCCAUUCGCGCCCCCUGGCAUGCCUGGAGGUGGGCCCCCGCCAGGGUUCCGUCCGCCCGGGUUCCCCGGAGGCCCUCCUGGUAUGCCCUUCCCCCCACCUCCUGGAUUUGGGGGCCCUCCUCCCGGGUGA